AUGCUGAUCCUCUACUUGAAGCAGACCUUCGACCACAAGCGGCACCACAUUGACGUCUUCGCGGUGACGGGGCCGGUGAUGUACACGAAGUGUCUGGUGGACAGUGGAAUGCCCAUCAGCCUCGCUCCACAGGAGUGGCUCUACCCAGCCUUCCACUACGUGCCCAACCCGGACGCCAUCAACUUCGCCGCCUUCCCCAAGUGCUUGAUGUUCCAAUUCGGCUACACUUGCUCUGGGCUGGAAGGCUACGUGAAGUCCAAGAAUCGUUGCAAGAAGGCGCGACAGUGUCCCUUCCACUCCAAGAAGGUCUGGCCCCUGGGCGCCUUCCGCCCGCUGCCCACGGUAGAGGACUUGGAAGCGAAGUUCACGAGCCCGCCCGACGUGCCGAAGGUGAUUCACCAGGUGGUCCUGGGUGGUGUGGAUUCGGAUUUCGACCCUCGGCGCUGGCGACAGAGCUGGUGGGACGACUUCUGCAAGAGCCAUCCGGGCUUUGAGUACAGGACCUGGUCGAAGGAGCAGCUCCUGGGCCGCAAGUGGUUCUGUGCCAACUUGUACGUGGAGCCCUUUGAUGAUCACGCCAUCACCUCCUUGAUGAUGGAGAUCCUCUUCGAGGAGGGUGGCUUCUAUGUCCCUCUCUCUACCCUGCACCAGCCGGGCUAUGGAGAGGACGCCUUCUUCACCGAAGGCUUCGAGGGUAGCUUCGUGGAGGGCAACGGAGGAGUCCUCGGUGCAGCCAAAGGCUCUCCGGAGCUCUUCCAGAAGCUCAUGGAGCUCUACGACAAGGGCACCGUGGGCCCUAUGGAGCCCCCGGGACCCGAGGGCCCUCGCGUCCUUCAAAUGGGCUUCCGAGAUGGCAUGGUGCUGAAGGGUCGAUUUCCCAAUCGCAGCCGUUACCUGGGUGCACAGCAGGUGGUGGCUUUUACGCCUGGCGAUCAACGGCUGGAACAUGCCAGCUUGAGCUUCUCCUACGAGUGCCAGGUGCCCUGCUUCUCAUGCAAGGGCAUUGAGGCGAUGCAGGCGGCAGUCAGUGAGAUGGGUAUUUCGUCGAAGGCGCUCUUCCUGACGGACCGGGAGUUCUUUCAGAUGACCCGCCUGCGCGAGGAGCUGCCAGGGCAUUUGGACCAGCUCGGUGUUCAGGGUUGGGAUGUGGUGCUCCUGGGCAUCGAGUGGAACACCGGAGAAGAGGAGGUAGCGAUCUUUCCUGUCUCCCCAGGCGGCCGCCCCCGGAACUCGCGCGUGGCCGGCUUCGUGGCGAACCUGGCGGCGCCCACGAACGGCGCCGCGCUGCGCCGCGCCUUGCAGCGGGGCGUCACCGAGGACGGUUUCGAUCCGGCGCCGCUCUUCGAUGCCGCCGGGGAGUUGAAGCUCCACUUUGUGGCUGAGAAGUACGCAGGCAGCAUGGAGGAGGCCCGGAUCUUCCGGUCGAUGCCCUUGGUGCAUCGGGCGUUCAAGCAGCUGGCGGACCAUGAGCCUCCCAUGCAUUUUGAGCGCCAUGAACUCCACGGGAACUUGAUGAAGGGAUACCACUCUGAUAGCCUCCGGUUUGAGAUGAUCCUGGAACCGAACGGUGGGAUCAUGUUCCGCAGCUGGAACGAGGACAACUCCACCAAUUCGGAGGUGAAGAUGAGCGAUUGCAACGUGGAGUGGAUGAAAGUCUACUUCAAUCAUCAGGUUUGCAAGGAGAUCAAGAACGAGGCUUUGCCUUGA